AUGACGACGAUAAAAACGACGACGGCGCAAAAAGAUAUUCGUCUGAUUGAAAACUUCAUCCAAUCGGAAGAAGAGGAACGAAUUUUACUCUCGAACGUUUUUACCAACGGAGAAGAAGAAGAAGAAUCAGAAGAAAAAGGAGGAUGUGAAGAGAAACGGAAAAAGGAACAAGGAAAAGAAGGAACUUUAUUAUCGUCGUGGAAAGUCCUCUCCGGUCGACGGGUGAAAACGUUCGGGGGAACCGUCAACGCGCAAAAAACAAUCGGCGAACGACUUCCAAACUUUCUGAAAGACUUGUGCCUGAGGAUAGAAAACGACGAACGCGUCAAGGAGACAUUUUCACUCUCCUCUUCUUCUUCUUCGUCUUUACAACAACAACAACAACAAGUGUUGAGACUCAAUCACGUGCUCGUGAACGAGUACCAACCGAACGAAGGAAUUUCAAGCCAUCAGGAUGGACCUUUGUAUGCCAGUUUCGUGUGCGUGGUUUCGCUCGCGCGAGACGAGAUUGUUUCGUUCACGCCGCACGAAGAUUUCAAAGACGCGUUGAAACCGUUCGACGUUCUCGUCCCGAGACGAAGUUUGCUCGUUUUUUACGGCAAAAGUUACGACUGUUAUUUACACGGCAUCAGAGGAGGAGGAGGAAGAAGAAUUUUAGGAAGUAAAAGAGAGGGAGACGACGACGACGAAAAGAAACGAAUAUCGUUGACGUUUCGACACGUGAAAAAUUCUUUUAUUCCGGGCAAAGCGCUCAGCGGAGCCUUGUUCGGUAAAAGAAGAUAG